AUGAUUGCUUCUAUAGUACUCGCUGUGUUGAUACCGUGUUUAUUUGUGUAUUGUUACAAAAAUGCGUUUAAAAGACCAGACAAAUUUCCUCCAGGACCUCCCAGUCUUCCGGUAUAUGGCGCGUUUUGGAUUGUCUUACUUUAUGAGUUCAGUAAUCUAGCGUUGGCAUUCAAGAAAAUAGGAGAAAAAUAUAAGACCAAAAUAAUUGGUUUAUACAUGGGACCGGUUCGAACUGUUGUUUUAAACGACCCUGCUGAUAUAAAGGACAUGCUGAAUCGUGAUGAAUUCGAUGGCCGAGUGGACAUAAUUGUGGGCAGAUUGAGGUCUUAUUGGAAGAGGCUUGGAAUCUUCUUCACGGAUGGAUACUUUUGGCAUGUACAGAGGAGAUUCUCGCUUCGUUACUUAAGGGACUAUGGAUUUGGUAGACGAGACGACACUUUAGAAUCCGCUGUUGAAUGUGAAAUAAAGGAAAUGCUCGAUAUGAGACUAAGUGGGCCUAAAUUUCCGGCUGAGAAGGAUUUGGUCAAUGGGGAGCUCGUAUACCUGCCGCAUUUCUUCGCUGUUCCCUUUAUAAAUGGACUCCUGCAAGUGCUUGUGAGGUCCACAUUUCCGAGGUCUGAGUACCACAAAUUAUGGGAUUUGUCCCGAGGAGUCCUGCUCUUCCAGAGGAGUUCUAAUGACAUGGGCGGGGCCUUGUCACUUACGCCAUGGCUUAAAGACAUAAUGCCGAAUUACAGCGGAUACAAUGGGUUGGUUAAAGGACACCAGUACUUGUUGGACUUCUUUCAUAAUAUUGUGAGUGAAGCAAUAGCAACGCAUGAUCCUACAUACGACAGACAUUUCCUCGACAUGUACAUUAGAAAGAUGAAAGAGGAAGAGGAACUUACCGGUCGUAGUACGUUUUCAGUGGACCAGCUAGUGCUCAUUUGCUCUGACUAUAUGUUCCCAACGGCGACCGCGGUGGAAGCCGUUCUGAUGUGCCUCACAGAACGCAUACUUCUCCAACCUGAGAUCCAAGACAAGAUCCACGAGGAAAUAGACAGAGUUGUCGGAAGGAACCGAUUACCCAAGUUGAACGAUAGGCGCAACAUGCCGUACACAGAAGCUUGCAUACGUGAGAUGAUGAGGUUCGAGACAUUGAUUCCACUAGGCGUCCCGCAUCGUGCAACAGUUGAUGCCAAAAUAGGAGACUAUAUUAUUCCUGAGGGUACAAUGGUGAACCCGAACUUGAUGAUGAUGAAUAUGGACAAGGACAUAUGGGGCGACCCUGAGAAUUUUAGACCGGAGCGAUUCAUCGUCAACGGCCAGCUCAAUGUAGCUCUUGAUAAGUCCUUGCCUUUCGGAGCCGGUAAAAGAUUGUGCGCAGGUGAAACUUACGCCCGUCAAGCAAUGUUCCAAGUCUUCGCAGGGUUCAUGCAAGCCUUCCACAUUUCCACUGCUGACGGACGCCCUCUAAAAGAACCUGCACCAAGGAUACAAGGAAUUAUAACCACCAUACCAGAGUUCUGGCUGCGAGUUGUACCGCGAUAAAGGUUUUACCGACGAUUUUCAUUGCAUUUAUUUAUAUUGCAUUAUCAUGAUUGGAUUUAUUUUAAAUAUAUACACAUAAAACGUUUUGUCAAUUCAAAUUUAUAUGUUUAAUGACCGAUGGCUGCACUUCAUAUAUAAUGUAAUAGGAGAACUGAAUUCUGUUUUUGCGUUAUAUUACGACUUGUGAAAUGUCGCCUGUUACUGGUGUAGGUACCUAUACUCUGCUGGUCUCAAUACCUUACUGACAUUACAAACAGCUAAAAUGCUUUCUUUUGGGUGUGUUUCUAUAAACUAGACAGUUAAGAAUCCUAUCUGUCGGAGGGUCGAAUAUGAUUAGUGUCAUUGAUGCGUUUAUUGUCGUUUACAGAUACUAAAGAUGGCAUAUUUACAGGUGGUAUCUUCACUAGAUCUCAGUUAAGCAUUCAAGGUUUUUGAUAUUGUAACAGCAAUAACAGUUAGCGUAACUUUGACUGUCGAGUUGUGAUCGCAAACUCCAGUUCAAUGUUAAUAAAUUAUUGAGACUGACCAUAAGUUUAUUAUACGAAAGGUGUAUUUUCGACCGGCAAGGAACCGGUUAAUAAAUUAUACCUAUAUAUAACGAUACUUUUUACUGAUGAAGCCAAAUAGGUACCUACUACCUUACUUCCACAGGCGUGCCGUUAUUUUACGGAACAAGUAAAAGGUUUGUUUUGUGUAAUCCAAAAUGUAUUGUUUCAUGUUUAAUUGUGCGUUAUCUGGAAUUUUUUAAAUCGAAAGCCAAAUAUUGUUUUAAAUAUUCUUUGUGCUUAUGUCCAAGUUAAAAAAUGGAGGUGUUGAUAAUAAAAAUGAAACUUUAUUAAUUACAAUAAUACCCUUGCGAGGUUAGUCACGACUGAAUUGCAUGUGAAUAUCAAGUUUACUUUAUUAAUAAGCUCACAAUAUAUAAUAUGAACAAACACGUCUAUAUUGUUUACAUCAUUUUAUAUGUUAAAAUAAGUAGGUAAGUAUAUUUUAAAUCUUGCAGUUCUUGAUGUUGUUCAAUUAUUUUUGGUGUCGGCAACCCGUAGAUUAUUGAACUGGAAAAAAUAAAUAUGGAUAAUUUUGAUUGGCGCACUGUGUACAUUACAUUACACGGUUGUAAAAUCAUUUAAAAUUAUAAUGUUUGCAUUUUACAUACCUACUUUAGUCUCUAUAUUAUCAAUCAUAAAUCAUGAUGGCUAAAGACAAUGAAUUAUGUGGACAAAUAACGAUUUUGACACGGAACUGAUCGAAAUAUUUAAUACCCAAGUAGAUAAUGACGAUGCGUAUUAAAAAACGUUCUAAAUGCUUCUUAAUAAUAUAAUUUUAAAUGAUAACAUAAAUGGAGUAUAGCCAUGUUAAUUAUUAACAUUAUAAAUUAAUAUUGAAAAUUGAAAUUAAAUUAACAUGUAGGUAUUUUAUGUUCAUUGUUAUUAAUACUAAUGUAUUAUUUCUAAUUUAAACCUUAAUCAUAUUUGAUUAGUUAGUGGUUUGCUGAUUCUCUUAAGGUGGCGACAUAAUUAUAUCGCUGGAUAAAUAGUUGUAAAUGGUCGAUGGUGGUAAUCAUAAUGAUUUUCAGCUUUGUUUUCUUUUUAAAUAAAUAUAUUUAUGAAUAAAAUAUAUGCAUGAAAA